AUGACUACAUUGAGACGAUUCGUCGCCGAUGACUUGUUCAAGUUCAACAACAUCAAUCUCGACCCCUUGACAGAGACUUAUAAUCUGUCAUUCUAUUUGCAGUACCUUGCCGAAUGGCCAGACUAUUUCGUCGCUGCUCAAUCUCCUUCAGGCGAACUUAUGGGCUACAUAAUGGGAAAGUCUGAGGGCGAAGGGAAACUGUGGCAUGGUCAUGUUACUGCUCUCACCGUCGCCCCGGAAUACAGACGUCUUCAUCUAGCUGAUAGGCUGAUGCUCAUCCUAGAACAAGUAUCCGAGAAAAUCAAGAACGCAUACUUUGUCGACUUGUUUGUGCGUGCUUCCAACACAGUUGCUAUUGGAAUGUAUGAGAAAUUUGGAUAUACUGUGUAUCGGCGCGUCUUAGGAUACUAUUCUGGCGCAGAUGGGGAAGAUGCUCUAGAUAUGAGAAAAGCACUUCCUCGGGAUGUCAACAAGGAGAGCAUCAUACCUCUCAAAGCUCCGAUAACACCAGACGAACUCGAAGACGACUCUGAAUUCACGCGACCCAAUCCCAAAAGACAUCCACAAAGGACGACAAUUCAGCAUUGGCAACUCCGUGAUCUAAUCGCUUGCCCAACGUCACGAAAGGAAGUCAUAUGCGUCAACCAAACGAAUGUAGUAUCUUAUGACACUGAGAAUGGAAAGGCCAAUUACCUGUUUAAAGAUUUGACCUUCCCGCCGACUUCUAUGACUACUGGCUGUGGAUACCUAGCAGUAGGAGGUCAACGCAGUCAACUCAUGGUCAAGAAACUAGGAAGCGACUGGGCUCAACAAACUACCGUAGGAGGCAGUAUAAAUAAUGCUUUGUCGAUAUCAAAUCAUCUAGACGGGACUAGGCUAUUGAUUUGCAACAAUGACGAGACCAUCAAAAUCUAUUCGUUGCCUGGACUACAACGCAUGGCGUCAUUGACUCUCCCAACUGCUGUGAAUUAUGCUUCGGUGUCUCCUGAUGGUCGUAAAUUGGUCGCUGUUGGUGAUUCAAAUCAAGUCUUUUUGUAUGAUAUUUCUGCUGGCGGGUAUCAUAAAGUCGCUGCUCUCACUGGAUCAAACGAUGCCGGAUUCUCAUGUGCAUGGAAUGAAGGGUCUGAAAAGUUCGCAGUCGCGUCUCAAGAUGGUGUAGUCAGUGUGUGGGAUAUACGAAGUCCCGAAAAAUUGGCUAAAAUAGAAUCAAAACAGAGUCCUCAAGUUAAAGGUGCUUGUAGAGGCAUCAAGUUUGCUCAAGCUGGAUCAGUGGAUUUGCUGAUGUUUAGUGAGCAUGUGUCGUACUUUAAUCUAGUAGACACCAGGACUUUUGAACAUCGUCAGAGUAUACGUGUUGCUCCACCUGGCAGUGACCAGCAUAUAUCUGGUGUCUCGUUCUCACCAGACGCGAAGUCUAUCUUUGUUGGAAUGGAAAACCAAAUCGUAGAAUAUGAAGUGGAUGUCAUGGCUCGACGCUGCUUCCCUGAAGGUCGAAUAAUAUAG